AUGUCAAGAAGCCAUCUUACUUUAGAUCAGUACUACGAGAUUCAAAAAAAUGAGAUUCAGGCUAUCGAAUCUAUUUAUAUGGGCGAUUUUGUGGACCUGACGAAGAAAAGAUCUGCUUGGGACAAGCAACCGCAGUUCAUCUUCGAGAUAACGCUUCAUUCGACAGAGAAGGAACCAGCCGGCUGUUCUUUGACGUUACAUAUAUGUUUGACUCCGCUUUACCCAUACUCAGCGCCAGAUAUAUCAUUUAAGAAUGUCAAUAAUGUCAUGGAUCGCCAGUUGCAGACGCUUAAAGAUGGUUUUCGUACUAUUCAUAAAGAAUCCAAAGGUCAGGAAAUGAUAUUUGAUGUUACCUCUUUUGUUCAGGAGAAGCUGGACGAAUUUCAGCAUUCAGCCAACACUCAGUCUUUGGAAGACGAGAGAUUGCAACGUAUCAAAGAGAAUAAAGAGAAAGUAAAGCGAGAAGAGGAGGAGCAGCAGCAACAGAUUCAGGAGCAAAGGCUCACUGAGCAGAAGUUCAUUGACGAAAUAGUUCAGAAAGAGCUAGAGAAGCGGCAAGACGAUGACCUGUAUUUCGAACACAACUCAUCAAUUGACUUGCUACCUCCUCAGGAAUGGAUUAGCUCAGGUCAGGCGAUUGUGUUCAAUAAAGUAAUCAAGGCCAAGUUACCUAAUAAUUCAUUGUACAAAUUUAGGGCUGUGGUUAACCCCAAACCUAUAACAUUGGCUGCGGAUUUAUUCUGUUUUGGCCAGCAAUAUCUCGUCAAACCAUUUAUUCCACCCGAGUCAGCUCUAGCUGAGGCCCUGAUGACCUCAGAAAUGAUGGAGAACUUUCAAUAUCUCCUUACCGAAGUUAAGCUGAACAAUGCGUAUUUUAACACUAGCAGCGGUAAGAAAGAGAUCUCCAACCUGGAGAAAGAACUUGAAUCUGUGCUUAAAAACAGUCACGAUAAUGUUAACAGACUGCUAGCAUACACAGUGGAAAGAAUGGGACACAAUAGCUCCACAUUUGUCUGGAACAUCAAACUGCUUACUCAGUACUCACGUUCAUAUGCAAUCGGAGACAUUGUAGAUUCGGUAGGGUUCGUGAAUUUGGCUACUGCCCGCGUUUGGAUGAUAAGAAUCCUGGAAGGUUUAGAAUCUCUACAUAAGCUUGGAAUUAGCCACAAGUGCAUUUCCCUUCAGACAGUGAACUUGGUCAAAGAUGCUGACUUUGGAACGACCAUACCAAAGCUGAUGCACCCUUCAUACGGAUUCACAAUACUGGAUAUGAUUUCGCGGUAUCCGAACAAUAAUGGAGCUCAAGUGGAAAUGCCUGACUGUCCAUGGCCUGCACCUGAACUUGUUAAAUUCAAAAACAGCAAACCACAGAGAAUGACAGACAUAUGGCAAGCUGGGGUUCUACUUUUACAAAUCAUCAAUGGCGUCGAUACUGUACUCAAUUAUUCCUCGCCACAGGACUUUUUAGACUCCAUGAGUAUGGAUGACAGCCUUUACGAUUUUCUAGAAAAGAUGUUGAAGCCGGAUAGCAAGAAGCGCCUGUCGCCGCUAGAACUUUUACCAAUGAAAUUCCUUCGGACAAACAUUGACUUCGCGCUUAAUAAGCUCUCCCUUGGUCAGAAUAGUAGUACAUCACUCUCUAGGAAGUCCUUCACAGGUUCGCUCAGUGUAAAAUCGAGAACGGCCUCGCAAUCCAGUGGACGACGAAGAUCCUUUAACGUGGGUUCUAGGUUCUCAUUCACUAAUCCAGCAGCACGUUCGAGAUAUGCCUCGGACUUUGAAGAAAUUGCAGUGUUAGGCGAGGGUGCAUUUGGUCAAGUGGUCAAAGCGCGGAAUGCUCUUGACAGCAGAUACUACGCAAUUAAAAAAAUCAGACAUACAGAGGAAAAGCUCUCGACGAUCCUUAGUGAGGUGAUGUUGCUAGCAAGCUUGAAUCAUCAAUACGUGGUACGUUACUUCGCUGCCUGGUUAGAAGAAGAUAUUGAUGAUUCAGUUUUCGAUGAACAAGAUGAUGAAAGUUCGGAAAAUGACGACAGUGACGAUGACCUUUUUAACCAGUCCAGCCUGUAUAGAACUAAUCAGUCCGAAGUCAGAGAAAACGAUUGGGAUUUUAUUUCAGGUAGUGGAUAUCCAGAAAUAGAAUUUGCCAACAGUGAUGACAACCAGGAAACAUCCGAGAACGAUGACGCAAAUGGCUUCACCAGCGAAUGCAGUGGAAGUGACUCAUCGAGUGAUGAAAAUGACGAGUUAGAAAUACCAAUAAAACCCUCCAUCCAAGUGAACAGGCGGGGAUCAAAUAAAGCAAAGAAGAGGAGUACGUUAUUUAUUCAAAUGGAAUAUUGCGAAAACCGAACCCUUUAUGAUUUGAUCAAUACGGAGAAUCUAAGUUCGCAACGUGAUGAAUAUUGGAGACUUUUUCGUCAAAUCCUCGAAGCUUUAAGCUACAUCCAUUCUCAAGGCAUCAUUCAUCGAGAUCUAAAGCCUAUGAACAUUUUCAUUGACGAAUCAAGGAAUAUCAAAAUUGGGGAUUUUGGUUUGGCAAAGAACGUGCACAAGUCACUAGACAUUUUAAGAUUGGAUUCUCAAUCACAGAUUGGAAGCGCUGAAAACCUAACCUCGGCUAUUGGUACUGCACUGUAUGUUGCGACUGAGGUUCUGAGCGGCAAUGGGCAGUAUAAUGAAAAGAUUGACAUGUACUCCUUGGGUGUCAUAUUCUUCGAGAUGAUUUACCCAUUUAGCACUGGUAUGGAAAGAAUAAAUAUACUGAGAAAUCUGCGGUUAUCCAACAUUGAGUUUCCCGCAGACUUCGACGACACAAAAUUUAGAACAGAAAAGAAGAUCAUUAAAUUGCUUCUGGAUCAUAAUCCAAUGAAAAGGCCUGGUGCUCAGAGCUUGUUAGAUAGCGGCUGGCUUCCUGUGAAACAUCAAGAUGAGACCAUGAAGGAGGCCUUGAAGAGUUUGGCUGACCCUUCAUCACCUUGGCAGCAACGGGUCAGGGAAACCCUUUUUUUGCAGGGCUACAGUUUAACGAACGACAUACUCUAUGACAAUUCUCAAUCGUCCACGACGCCUUUUGGCCAAAUACUCCGAUCAAAAAUGACUGAAGAGGUUGUCAAGAUUUUUAGGAAACAUGGAGGAGUCGAAAAUAAUGAACCCCCUCGAAUAUUCCCCAAAGCACCGAUUUAUGGCAUACAAAACGUUUACGAGGUCCUUGAUAAAGGAGGCACCGUUCUGCAACUGCAGUACGAUCUUACUUAUCCAAUGGCAAGAUAUCUUUCGAAAAACCCUAAUUGUGUGUCUAAACAAUUUCGCCUGCAGCAUGUGUACCGACCGCCCAAUAACACCAAAUCGUCGCUCGAGCCCAAGAAGUUUGGCGAAAUUGACUUUGAUAUAAUAUCUGGUUCCUCCGCUGACUCUCCAUAUUAUGAGGCUGAAAGCAUAAAGAUUAUAGACGAAAUUCUUACCGUUUUUCCUCUUUUUGAGAAGACAAACACCUUAAUAGUAAUCAAUCAUGCAGAUAUUCUGGAAAGUGUUUUUAAUCAUACGAAUAUCGACAAAGCACAGAGACCAUAUGUAUCGAGAGCUUUAUCCCAGGUAGGUUUCGCUAAGUCUUUCAAAGACAUCAAAAGAGAACUUAAAUCACAACUGAACAUUACCUCGACUUCAUUGGAUGACCUCGAGUUAUUCGAUUUCAGGCUUGAUUUCGAAGCUGCGAAGAAGAGGUUGCACAAGGCAAUGAUGGACAGUCCUUUUUGGGGUAAGGUCGAGGCGUCGCUAUUGCAUAUUUCGAAAGUCAUCAACUUUCUGAAACCUCUUGAUGUUACGCGAAAUGUCGUCAUAGCGCCAUUGUCGAACUACAAUAGCGGCUUUUAUAAAGGGGGAAUCAUGUUUCAAGCGGUUUAUGAUGAUGGAGCUUCCAGGAACCUUGUGGCUGCUGGGGGAAGAUACGACACACUAAUAGCAUACUUUUCUCGUCCGUCAGGCGAGAGAUCCAGUAAUACUCAGAGAGCUGUAGGUUUCAAUUUGGCAUGGGAAACAAUAUUCGGUAUAGCACAAAGCUAUUUCAAGCUCGCGAAGGGCAGUAAAGUGAAGAAGAGAAACAGAUUUUUGAAAGGAUCAGCAGUUGAUUGGAAACCCAGCAGAUGCGAUGUCUUUGUCUCUUGCUUUUCAAAUUCAAUAUUGAACACAACCGGCGUGGAAAUCAUCAGUCAGCUGUGGAAAAAGGGCAUCAGGGCUGAUUUUCUGCGAAACUGCUACACGGUAGACGAUGUCGUCUCCGGCGCUCAAAGGGAUGGCGUAGAGUGGAUUAUUUUGAUCAAGCAGCAGACUUACACUCUACCAAAUCACAAAAGGAAGUAUAAGCCAUUGAAGGUCAAGAAGAUCGAUACGGAUGUUGACGUCGACGUGACAUUGGACGAAUUUUUCUGCCUAUAUCAGCAGGGUUCGAACGCCGAUGGUUCGACCGAUGCUUUUCUUGUAAGUGAAAGCAUGGAUGACGCUAAGAGGUGGGACGACGGAAGUAGCGGGGGUAGCCAGAAUGGCGAAGAUGUUGAUCAUCUCACCGGACCCGUCAAGCAGAAGAUUGUAUACGUCCCAAACCCGGCCACGAGAUCAAAGAAGGCCAGCAAACGCGAGAAAUGGGUAUACGAAGAUGACGCUAGAACAGCUUCGAACGCAAUUAUCAACAGUCUGACAUCAGCACCGGUCAUAACGGUGGAUGUGCUGCGGGACGAAACUCUAGAGAUGAUCUCAAUUACUUCCCUUGCUCAGAAAGAUGAAUGGCUGAGGAAAAUCAUAGGUACUGGCAGCAAUUCUACACCGAGAAGCUUCGCCACGAACAUCUACAACAGUUUGUCCAAGGAAGCUUCCAAAGGAACUAAAUGGGCGAUCGUAUACUGCCACAAGACUGGCAAGUCGUGUGUCGCGGAUCUCCAGAGAUGA